ACCCCAAAUGGGAGCUUUCACAGGCUCUUGCACUUACAGCCCAGAACUUUCAUCUCCACAUACCUCUGAAGAUGUCUGAACCGGAGGUGCUGUGUGAUUAUAUGGCCAGCAGCUCUUCUUCCUCACCUGCAGGACUGUGGGACCCAAGCACUCAGGCUUUCAGUCACCCCGUCCCAGUAACAAGAGGCAAGACACAGAGCUGUCAGCCAGUCCGUAGACACCUCCAGAGAAGUCAACCCAACACACGCAGAGCCAACCAUGAGGCUGGGGAUUCUCCUGCUGAUCCUGUUCACCUGUGGGGUUGCAGUGCUUCUGCCUGUUCUGGGAAGCUUCAGGAACAAAGAGGUUGAAGAAAAAGAAACUGAACAGUGCUGGGUGCAGCCUCCAUCAAAGUACUGUGAGAAAAGGUGCACGAAGUCCCUGAGCUGUUUAAUUCCAAACCAUACAUGCUGCUGGACUUACUGUGGAAACAUCUGCCUGGACAAUGAAGAGCCCAUGAAAACCAUGCUAAACCCCUAGGUUCUGCGUGACCCAACUCAGGCGUGGGCGCGGGAUGGCUGUGUGGUCUGGGAAGAGUGCUGCCUGGCUCCCUGGUGGGACACUUGCUUGCUCCAUCUGAGGAUCUUGCUGGAAUCUCCUCGAUCUCUACAUCCUGAAAAGGUUCAAGGUUUUUCCCAAAUAAACUAAUAUAUCAAUCAUAA